AAUAAUAAUAAUAAUAAUAAGAGAGGAAGGAGGAGGAAGCAGGCGAGGACUAAGUAUUGAUACGUAGAAUUUUCCGAAUCGAUUUGGAAUUAUCUGUGCGAUGGGAGAAUUUGUGGAGCUGGAAGCUCAGGACGGCGUGAGAAUGCCUUGGAACGUGCUGCCGGGCACCAAGCAAGAAUCAAGCAACUGUGUGGUACCUGUGUCCGCCAUUUACACUCCGAUCAAGCCCUUCCCAAACAUGCCCGUUCUCCCAUAUUCUCCACUACGUUGCCGAAACUGUCGCUCAGUCCUCAAUCCAUUCUGCACCGUCGAUUUCUCUGCCAAGCUUUGGAUCUGCCCCUUCUGCUUUCAACGGAACCAGUUUCCCCCUCACUAUACCGCCAUCUCUGACGACAACCUCCCUGCCGAGCUUUUCUCUCAGUAUACGACCAUCGAGUACGAGGAACCUCAGAUGAUCUCAUCCUCCUCUCCAUCACCGAUGAUAUUCAUGUUCGUGUUGGACACUUGCAUGAUCGAGGAGGAGAUGGCCUUCCUCAAGUCUGCCCUGUCCCAGGCCAUCGAACUCCUCCCUGAUAACUCCUUGGUGGGCCUCAUUACCUUUGGUAAUCUUGUCCACGUUCACGAGCUUGGCUUUGGUGAAACCCCUAAGACCUACGUUUUCAAGGGCUCUAAGGACGUCUCCAAGGACCAGCUUCUUGAGCAGAUGGGCUUCUUUCUCAAGACGCCCAAGCCCCCUACUAGUGUAAUUGCCGGCGCCAAGGAUGGCCUCUCUUCCGAUAGCAUUUCCCGCUUCCUCUUGCCUGCCUCCCAAUGCGAAUUUACACUCAACUCUGUCCUGGAGGAGCUGCAGAAAGAUCCUUGGCCGGUGCCACCCCAUCAGCGGGCUAGCAGGUGCACCGGCACUGCACUCAGUGUGGCUGCUUGUUUGUUAGGAGCUUGUGUUCCUGGUUCUGGUGCUAGAAUUAUGGCUUUCAUUGGUGGCCCAUCCACUGAAGGACUUGGUUCUAUUGUGUCAAAGAAUUUCUCCGAACCAAUUCGUUCUCACAAGGACAUCGAUAAGGACUCUGCUACUCAUUAUCAUAAAGCUGUCAAGUUCUACGAGAGACUUGCUAAGCAGCUUGUACAUCAAGGUCAUGUGCUCAAUCUGUUUGCUUGUGCCCUCGACCAGGUGGGGGUUGCUGAACUUAAAGUUGCAAUUGAAAGAACUGGUGGGCUUGUCGUGCUUGCAGAAAGCUUCGGCCAUAUAGUCUUUAAGGAUUCUCUGAGACGUGUUCUCCAGUUGGGUGAUUAUGAUCUUGGACUAUCAUCAAAUGGUAUAUUUGAGGUAAACUGCUCGAAGGAUAUCAGAGUUCAAGGCAUUAUUGGUCCUUGUGCAUCGCUUGAAAAGAAAGGUCCUUUGUGCUCUGACACAGUUGUAGGCCAGGGAAAUACAAGUGCAUGGAAGAUGUGUGGCCUGGACAAAGCUACAACUUUAUGUCUAAUAUUUGAAAUUGCAAAGAAGGACAGCACAGAUACUACUAUUCAACAACCCUCAAGCUAUCAAUUCUACUUCCAAUUUCUGACUUACUAUCAGCAUAGUGGUGGUCAAAUGAGGCUUCGUGUAACAACCCUCUCUAGAAGAUGGGUUGCUGGACUUGGAAGUGCUCAGGACUUGAUUGCUGGAUUCGACCAAGAAGCAGCUGCUGUAGCUAUGGCACGCCUAGUGUCUUUCAAAAUGGAAAAUGAGAAGGCUGAGUUUGACCCCAUAAGAUGGCUAGACAAAGCUUUGAUACAUCUAUGUGCUCGAUUUGGAGACUAUCAGAAGGAUAGUCCAUCUUCUUUCAGCCUAUCUUCUCGGCUUUCAAUAUUUCCUCAAUUUAUGUUUCAUUUACGACGUUCUCAGUUUGUCCAGGUCUUCAACAACAGCCCAGAUGAGACAGCAUACUUUAGAGUUACACUGAAUCGUGAAAAUGUUGCCAAUUCAGUUGUGAUGAUUCAGCCCUCAUUGAUUUCUUAUUCGUUUCAUUCAGGACCAGAACCAGCACUUCUUGACGUGGCUGCCAUUGCAGCUGAUAGAAUUCUGCUUCUGGACUCUUAUUUCACUGUUGUCAUUUUUCAUGGGGCAACAAUUGCUCAAUGGCGGAAAGCUGGAUAUCAUAAUCAACCUGAACAUCAGGCAUUUGCCCAGCUGCUGCAAGCUCCUCGAGAUGACACAGAUGAAAUAAUCAAGGAAAGGUUUCCAGUUCCUCGCUUGGUCAUUUGUGAUCAGCAUGGUUCACAGGCCCGUUUUCUUCUGGCAAAAUUGAACCCUUCUGCUUCAUACAACUCUGAUUCUCCUCUUCCCAGUGGAGAUGUCUUGUUUACCGAUGACGUGAGCUUUGAGGUCUUCUUGGAUCAUCUUCAAAGACUAGUAGUUCAAUGAGACCAUUUUUACUAGCAGUCUUGUAAAAUUUAUCACCUCAGAGUUCUGUACAGUUGUUUUAGGAUUUUUAUAGGCUACCUAAUUUUCUGAUUUUACUUUCUUGCAAAAACCUCGUCACAACUUUGAUUUGCUAUAACAGCAAAUUCAAGUUCAUUUUGACGAAUAGACAGUGCAAUGAUAAAUUCAUUUAGUUACACUAAAAGUGGCAUUCUCAAGCUAGUUUGUGC